AUGUCCCGUUAUAUGGAGGAAACCACAGAGAGACCGCCUCGGCAUGAUGCCCCGCCGUACGAUCCCUCCUUGUGGGAGGGAAAAGACUGCGCUUUUAUCACCACCUUGAGAGAUGUCUAUCACGAGCAACAGCGGACGGAGCGGCAGCUACGCUCCACGGCACCUGCGGAAGGUGAGGUUACUGCUGGUUGGCCGUUACCCACUACUUCGCAUACCCAGCUUCCCAGCCGUCCAUCGACGUGGUGGAGAAAUCUGCUGGUGAAGUUUUUUCCCCGAUAUAGCGCGCGACAGAGACUGUCCAGCCUCGGUUUUGAGCACAUGAAAAACGAUGAGCUCGUGAAUCGCAUGCACUUUGCUCUUCAGGCGGGAGACAUGGAACUUUCUGCUCUCAUUGCACAAGAACUUGCCCGGCGCCGGGUGCGGUUAUAUGAAGCGGAAGAAUAUGCUUCAAACAGAGGUGGGAGAAGUGCGCCUGUUGCCGGCGGUUGGUUUAGCGCCGCCCCAAACCAACAAGCUGGAUUUACCAGUGGUGGUGUGGAAAGUGGAAGUGGAGGACAUUUGAGUAGGGGGGCUCCAACUCGCAGCAGUAUGCAUCUCUCCGCAGACUCGUCGUUUAUGGUGCCAGAAGUGUUACUUCAGAAGCGCUUUGGUGGUAGUGGUGGCGGCGGCGGCGGACUGCGCUUUUAG